AUCGAGAAGCCGCUCUGCUUCCACAUUGAUGGGGAGGUCAAUCAGGUGGUACGCCUGCUGCAGGACCCGGCGACUGGUAAGGCGAAUUGGGGACAGGAGUGUCGGGGGUUUGUAUUGAAUGGACUCGGCUAACGAACCCCAAACAAUAAACAGAACAGAUGCUUAGGUGGAGGUGGGACAAAUUUAUUCCAGAUAAAGUUAAAAUGUUUAAAUAAGUUUAGUUUAAAUUAUCACGGUGCUUGGAGUGGAGGCGUUGUCUAGUGUAGUGCAUCCACGCCUGAACAUUUUAAUGGAAAUAACUGAGGAGGAUUUAAAGUUGUUUUUUAACAAAUAAAGUAAAUUUCAGUCAAAAGUAUUUAGUGAAAAGUAAAAUUCAGUAAAAGUAUUUUCUAAAAAUAAAAUUCAGUACAAAAUAUUUUUAAAAAAGUAAAAUUCAGCACACACCAUUUUUUUAAUGUAACAUUCUGUAGAAAAUAUUUUGAAGCACUGAUAGUAUGAUCAUUAUAAUUGCAGAAAAUGUUGCCUUAAGUAAAUAAUAUCUCAUUAAGUUAGUUUUACAUCUAAGUCUCUCCUACUCUCCCCUUUCCGCAAAUCAUCUCUCCCCCCCUCCCCCCCCCUCCCAGGUAUCAUCGUUAAUGCCCGGGUAUUCCACGACGACCUGACGAACAAAACCUACCUCGGCGCCAUCAUGAUCUCACAGGGAAGUUUCCGCAUCAUUGCCAAGCAGCGCUACGUCAUGGUCAACGAGGCCAAGCUAGAGUGGGACGAGGUCAACAUCUUGCAGAUCCUAGGUCACCGGGUGGGCGUCGGAGAGGACAUGUUGGCGGUAACCUUCCGGAAGCGCAACAUCACCCUGGUCAUUAGACGCCACGUAGCCACGCCCACCGAUGAGAUCGACUACGAGGAAGUCGACAAUGAAGAGGCGAAAAACGUUCCCCCCAUCUCGGGCCGAGAAAACGGGAGUGAAGAAAAUACCGGCAAUACCGGUGAGCCACGAGGAGGGUUCUCGGGAGUGAACGAGGGCUACGAUCGUGCAAACAUUUUGCCUGUAAUUGGGUUUGAAGAGAGGGACUCCAUCGUUAACAGGGUGAUGUCUUCGAAGAGACGCCGAGGGCUGAUAUUGCAGAACUUUCUCGGGAUCAAUCAAGAUCAAACGUUUGUGAGAAACUUGAUCGUUGAGGUAGACGGGCACGGUCGAAAGAAAAGGGAAGCCACCUCUGAAGCGGAGACAACACAGGGAGGAGUGGUCAAUUUUGGGAAUAAUGUGCAUAAGGGAAGUCGGACAGAAGGAGAAGAGUUCAAUAAUAAGAAAACCCAAGAAAGGCGUGAAGAGGUGAUCGUGCAAGACGAGAAGUGGCAUUUCAUGGUCAACAGAAAUCAAGGGUCUGAUGCUCAGACACGGCUGCUUGUUGAAACAGACAGCUUUCCGGGCAGCCUCGUCGACGACGUGCCGAAGAAUCAUCAACGACGCCGCCAUGUUCCUUCACAACGGAAGCGUCACGAGAGAACUUCCGGUCGAAAACAGAGAGAUGUCGAUGAGGACUAUACACUGGAUGACACCACUUUACCUGAAGGGGAAAAGAGAAAGGGACAGACGGUAUUCUUGGGCUUAUACAUCGCUGAUGCUAGAGAUUUGUCCAACAAGACGCACGGACUUCUGGGUAGGAAAUGUGUUUGAAAUAAAAUAAUUGUUCAAGAAAUAUGCACGUUUAUAUGAAGUUAGAGUAGCACAAUUUGAAUGCUUAAAAUAGAAACUUACAUUUAAAAAAAGUUUUGGAACUUUUCAAGAAAAAAAAUAAGAAAGAAUUUUUUUUAAAUAUUUAAAUACAUUUUCUUGGUUCCGGUAUGGAUACGGAUAGCGGCUCCGUUGUUUAAUUUUUUUUUACAUUUGUUAGGAAAUUUAUUCCGGACUUCAUCGUACUCGAGCUUCAUUUUAAAAUCCAGAGCAAGCAUUAAAUUGAAACAAUUCCCCUAUUUUAAGAAACAUGCUUGGAAAUAUGAUGAGCAUUGGUUGUGGGUGUAAAAAACAAAUAAUAAGUUUUCAAUUUAUAACGUUAGACGAUAAGAAGAAAUAUUAAUUUUAAUAAUAAUUAAAAACUUAUUUGACAAAAAGAAUAGCUUAAUGUAUCAUAUUUUAUUGACACAAUCGUCAGUGAAUCUGCGACAUAACUUUGGAACUACGGACCGACUGAAAGUCUUAGUGAUUUUCUGAUUUUGGGCGAAACCGAAACCAGACCGAAAGUUAAAAUGACUUUUGGCCGAAACCGAAGCCGAAACCAAAACCUUAACGAGACUUUCGGCCGAAGCCGAAACCGAAAAAUUUAAAUGUUUUGAAACUAAUUCGCGCAUCCGUUCUGUGUACAUCGAAAACUGAUGGAUGGAAAUUAUCGAUAUUUUCAUUCUUCUCAUCAAAAUGAGAUUAUCGUGAAUAUUAAUAGAUAAACAUGCAUACUUUGGCAUUUGAAUUAAAAAGUAAUUUAAAAUUGUUAAAAUGUAUCUUAAAUUAUAAAGGUAAGCUAAAAUUUGACUGGGGAGGGGGCCAAAUGCAUGCAAGUAGGUCUUUGGAUGCCCUUUGCUUUUAUAAUACAAUUACAAUGGUACCUAUAAGUAUAUUUGGUAUCGAUUGAAAGCUUAGCCUAUGCAUUUUUUUUUAUUAGUAAAGCCCUCUGAAAUGUCCAGACAUAAGCCUUGAUAAAAGAGCACCGAUUCAGCGCCGAUGAAAACAUUAAAAUCAAGCAUGUAGUGUGCACGUCCGUCACUGUAGCCACAUUUGAAUGCCAGAGAAGACUGGACAAUGGGACAUCCAUAUAUAAUAUACGCAAAAACAAUAUAGUUUCAUACCCUCUCCCACUCCCACACCCUGCCAAUGUAUGGGGCAGUCCAUAUAUUCCAUAUACGCACAGAGGAUGAGUAUGGCAGUGGGGGGCCGUGGUGACGAGAUUGUACCUACAUGUAUGCAUAAAUUCCACAAUAGUUAUCCUGACAGUCUCUAAUAGAGCCAACUAUCAUCUAAAAAAUAGUUAAAUCCAUGAUUUCUUAGUAGGCCUAUAAAAACCACAACAAUCUUUCGCGGUUAUUUCAAAGAAACUUAGCUAGAUAUAGCUGUAUUAAUAUUUAGAUAUAGCAUGUAGUAUCUAAUAUAUAUCUACAAUUGAUCCAAACAGGUCAGUUUCUCUUCAAAAACGUCUCCCUGGAGAAGAUCACGUACAGAAACGGCCGAAUGAAGGCCAGGCUUCUCAUCAACGGAAACCCUAGCCGAAGGACGAUCGCAUUCGUCACGCUCCGUCGCAAUCUGGCGCUGAACGCCACGCGAGCGUGUUGGAAGAUACGCCAGCAGGGCCGUGACGUCAUCGACGGAAACUACUCAAACUACCUGGUCUCCAACAUCCGGUACAGCAACUUGAAGGAUCUGCCGCCGCCGUUAUGACUAGGCGCGGUCCCCGAAACGGGGCCAGUCUUUGAAGACGACAGAGGCGAGGACGACAUCUGGGACAGGAAGCAGACGUUGGGCGAAUCGGACGACCGAAGGAUCGUGGAGUUAAACGUCACUGACCAGGCCAUCAAAGGAGGUGACGAGCCCCCCACCUCAUCCACCACUCUCUCCCCGCUGAUGAUGUACCCCACGUGCGUGUACGAGACGCACCACAGGACGCACUUUCACCUACACGCCGAGACGGAUAUCAACAAAAAGACGUAGCACUAAGCUUUGACACUCGUGGAAAUCCG